AUGGCAUCCAAAGAGAGUGAAACAAGCAGCAUCAGUAGUAAGAGCUCAUCUUCCAAAACCAGUGACGACAGUCAAGAUGAAGCGACUAGUUCCGAAAACAGCUCUCAAAGCUCUGAAAACACCGAUUCUUCUACGGAAACUUCAAACGCUAGCAUAGAUGAAGAACGAUCGCAGGCAGAAACCCGGUCGUUUAUUGCCCCGGAUGAAGGUCCCGAUACUGCUCUGCCGCGCUCACUGGUCCUUCCAAUAACUCAGAAACCUCCGAUCGCUCCGAAACCUGUAAUAGAUAAGGAACCUCCGACAGCACAACCUUCGACAACUCAGAAACCCCCGAUCGCUCCGAAACCUCCUGUAACAGCUAAAGAACCUCAAACAGUAGUGCUUUCGAUACCGCAGAAUCCCCCAACAGAUCAAGGGCCUUUGGCAAACCAAAAGUCUUUGAAUGAUGGAAGUGUUGUUUCGAGUUCUACGAGUUCUUCCAGUUCUGUAGGCAGUCUUCAUCCUUACGACAAGUGA